AUGCAUGGAGAAACUUUCUGUGAGGCAUAUGAGCGCUUCAAGGGCUACCAGAUGCAGUGUCCUCACCAUGGUUUCUCUAAAGAGAAUCUACUGAGUACCUUGUACAGAGGAACAUUACCCAAAUACAGAAUGCAUCUUGAUUCAGCAAGCAAUGGUUACUUCAUGGGUAAAGAUGUUGAUGCUGGAUUGAUUUUAGUUGAGAACGUUGCCACUAGUGAUGGAAGCUAUGGUGAAGAUUGUGACAGAGCUGAGAGAGGCAGUCUUGCUCAAGAAGAGAAUCACAAGAAGGAGCUCAAGACUCUCAAUGAUAAGCUUGACAAGCUACUGUCAGGUCAGAAAAAGCAAGUGCACUUCAUUAAUGGUGAGGAGAUUCAAGAGAAAAAGCUCAACUAUGUGGACAGCCAAGAUGGAAACCAAUGGGUCUAUUACAAGCACGGUUUUUCUCCACAAGAUCUUGGGUCUACUCAAGCUCAAGGAAGCCACAAUUCUGGUCAAGAGGCAGAGAUGAAGACCAUAUUGCAACAGAUAAUCCAAGGACAAGCUAAUGGUGCCUUAGAGUUGAACAAGAGGAUGGUUGAGAUUCACAAUAAGGUUGAUUGCUCAUACAAUGAUCUAAACAACAAGUUUGAGUCUCUAACUACCAAAGUGCUUACCUUGGAAGCUAAAGUUGGUGGUUCUUCAUCAUCAAGUACAAAGGAGUAUUGUCAUGCAGUUUUCUCUACUAAAGAUGGUGUGGCUGAGACUGAAGAGAAUGAGAGAGCUAUAGAAGAACUUUACAGGCUCCUUCAUGGUACAAGUGUUGAGAUUUCAGUGAAUGAGAGACUUCUCAAGCUGAAAAACGAAAUGCCAAGGAGGAAGCCUCAAAGAUUGUUGCAAGAGAAGAAACCAUCAAGGUUGAGCCUCCUCUUUACAAACCAGAGCUUCCAUUUCCUGAGAGAGUUCUCACUAAAGCUCAAAAGAAGAGUGGCAGCGCUUCUUGAGCUCUCUACACCCCCAGAUCCUGCCCAUAUCACGCCAACCUCCAUUCCCAAGCUUGAGAAACAAGGGAAGUUCACAUUGCCUUGCACCCUUGGAGAUUUGAAGCUUGAUGAUGCUCUUGUGGAUUCUGGAGCAAGUGUGAAUCUGAUAUCACUUGCCAUGGUUAAGCAGCUGGGUAUAAAGAGCAUGACGCCUCCUACAUCUUCUAUCAUGUUUGGAGAUGCCUCUUCUAAGUCUCCACUUGGUCUAAUCAAGGAUUACCCUUUAAAGAUAGGAGACUGCAAGGUUCCAACUGAUCUGACUGUUUUGGGUAUGUAUGGAGAUAAGGAAGGUACCAUUGAUCCUUGGAACACCAUUCCUUACAACUGUUGGAGCCUCAAUUGA